AUGCACCGGGUAGGCAGUGCCGGGAAUACAUCCAACUCUUCUCGUCCUCGUAAAGAAAAACGUUUGACUUAUGUUUUGAAUGAUUCAGAUGACCCAAAGGUGAAGUGUUUUUUUCUUUUCGUAUGUUAACUCAAUUCCCUGUGUUUUUUUAGAUUCUGGAAACGAUUUAUCUCAGAUUACUAGCUAUGCUUGGCUUCUAAAGUCAGUCACGUCACUCUGCCUGGGAAUGUGCUUUCUUCAUGCAGCAUUGUGCCGGCGUCAAUUGCUUAGCUGUAUAUAAGUCACCCUCCUCCGAUCAUUCUGAUUAUUUGUUUACUGGUAGUCGAGACGGGACUCUGAAAAGAUGGGCAUUGGGUGAUGAUGGUGCCACUUGCUCUGCGACAUUUGAAUCACAUGUUGACUGGGUAUAUAUUGCUACGCAUACUAUUCUUUAUUUUCAUCUUAAUUUAGUAUUUUACUGGAUUAUUUGAAAAGAAAUAAGGAAUCACCUUUGAGAUGGUUGCUGUUUGUUAUUUUUCUUUAUAAAGUGGUCAUUAAGCCAUUGUCUAAAUAGAAUUAUAUUCAUUUGGGCAUUUUGCAAUCCAGUCGAUGUGAGAGCUUCCUUUCUAUCCUGACCAACCAAUUAAGGAUACUUGAUGCCUGAGAUAUUAGAACCAAUGGUUGUGUUUUGUUUUAAAUUUAUGUCACUUCAAAUGAAUUCUUCUUACUGAUUGUCUUUUGUAAUUUCUUCUUUCUUUCAUUUUGACUCAUUGUACUUGAUUCUUUAGAAAUAUUUUCGUAGACGUUACCUCUAUGCUGAUACAAAAAUCAACUUUGAACUACAUGGAAACCUUAGAAUUUCCUUCUGCAAGAUUGUUGGAGAAUGUAUCUCUGGAUUUUAAUAUCAGUCGCCUAAAAUGGGCUAAUAAAGUUAAUACCAUGGAAAUUCUGUUUUUUUCAUUUUUUUCAGAUGGCAGGGUUCAUCCGUCUCAUGUAUGGAUAUAAUUUCAAUGAUUGGAUUCCCAUCCUUUCCACGAGUAGUUCAAGAUCCAAAUCAAUUGUCUUAUGUAAAUUUGUAUUCAUGAAUCAGUUAAUGAUGAAAACAUACCUGUAUUUUAAGAGAUCACUUAUGAGAAUGUAAAUAAGAAUAGUAAGGACGAACGAUAACACUACUGUACCAAUUAAAGGCAGGGAAUACACUGAAAAAGAGAUGGUUAAAGAGAAUAGACAAUUGCACCUCGAAAAAUUGUCACAUCAGUUAGAUAAUUUGGUUAGAUACAGGUAAAGAAAAAGGUCCCCAGAGGCCCGAUGGUCAUAGUGUAACUUAUAUAAUCAUAUCAUAAUCAGCAUAGUCUCCACGAAUGCUGAAGGAAGGAGGGUGAUCAUCACUUUCAAUGCUUAGUUGAUCUCUGCUGAGAGUGCUAUAAAUUCUAGACAGGACAGCCAUUUCUAGUCCAACCUGAUUUUUUUAAAUGAUGAAUCUCACCAUUUUAGCUCCAUGUUGGUUUUCUUCACACAACUUCCGCUUCCUAGGAGGAAGUAUUGUGGUCAAGUUACCGAGAUGGAGGCAGGGAUGGAUUUAUCAUUCGGAGUCACCUUAUUUGAAUUGUUGUCUAAUUUUUUGAGGUAGACCAAAAGAAGACUGGUUUCCACACAGGUCUGAUCUUUAAGCACACCAUGCUAAGAUGCAAAACUGCUCACAUAAGAUGCUUAUGCAAUUUUCGUUGGAUAAUACUAUAUUUUUGUUUAAACUAAAUAUAGACCCAGAGCAGUUUUGCAUUUUUUUCAGAAAAGUGGCUUUGAACCAAUUACCCUGUCAUCACUUUAAAUUAUCUUCUCUUUCAUGUGCUCAAGAGAGAUUGUGAUCGCUAGUUUUGGUGAUAGAGUGGAAGGAUAACCAAAAGCAAGUGGCUGUGGGUGAGAAAGAUGAUCCUUUAUUUUUGGUUGACUACCAUGAUCUUUGGCACCUUGAUGCGGGUCCCCAGGAUUUCUAUACAUGGGGUUUUUUAGAGCACAUUAACGAUGCAUCUAUACAUUCUCUCCUUCAAUUCUAAUGAAUACUUUGGGCUAUGCACUUUGUAAAAAACAUUAAAUGGACGUUUUGAUAAAGUCAAUUUACUUAUUUACGAGUUCUAUCUUUUUCUGUAAACCUAUUUCGAUUAGUUUUUAUUUGGUACAGCCUUCAUGGAUUGCUAAUAGGAAGAAAGGUUUUGGUAUUUUGAAACUUACAGGAUAGCUACGCAUCCAGCAUGUGUGGUGUCCAUGAGAUCUUGGAUCUGAAUCCUUUCUGCCUUCUAACAGUAUUAGAUAUAUUUUUUUCUUGAAAUCAUCUGUCUUUGGUUAAAUGCAUCUUUCUUGCAAUGAAGGUAGAUAGCUUAGGUUCCAACCAGUUUGAGUAGAUCAGUCAAAAAUUAUGGCUGGUGAACAAUUAGCUGCAUCAAUGUUUAAAAUGUAGGUUUCAGGAUACAAAUUCUAGAAGAUUCGUUAAUAUUCAGGCUUCUAUGUCGUUGGCAGCAUGAAUGCAUAAUACCAGAGAUCCUAAGCUAUUAUCGGCCUGAAUGUUCCCGAUAAAUUGCUUAAAAGAAUGAACAGGCCGAAGAGGAAAAUAAAGAUAAUAAAAUAAAAUGUUUAAGGAAAUUAGUUAUUUUUAUCACCUUUUUUCUACCAUUCAUCCUUUUUCUUUCAGGUGGGUCUUUAAAAGUUUUAACAAUUUCGCCUCUAGUUCUUACUGGGUCCAGCAGACAGCAUUGAAACCUUCAAUUUUGGUUUGGUCAAACUCAGUUCGGGUUAUUGAUCUGUUAAAUUUGCUUAUUUUGGAUGAAUCAGCUAAAGUGAAGUCUAAUGAGAACUGUAUCUAGUCUUUUGCGUGUUUCUUUAUUUGGUUUUUUAUCUCAAGAUUCACUCAGUUAUCAGAUUAUUAGCGCCAUUGUAACUCGACUGAAAUGUGAUCUGGAUGCUGAUUUGGUAUGGAUGACCUUUUUGGCUUUUAUUGAACAAUAUUGAGUAUAAUAUUCACUAAAAUUUGAUAGACUUUUUUAUUGUACCUGGCUUGUAGCUUUUUCUCUGGUUUUUUCAUGCAAAAAAUAUUGUAUGAUGUGAAACUAAUGUGUCUUAGUUUCUUAUUUUCUGAUUGAUGGCUUUAGUUGCGCGAAUUCUCCUUGUUUGAUUCACCUCAUUUGUCAAGGUUCUCGUUAUUGGGCAGGUUAAUGAUGCAGUGCUUGUGGGUGACAAGCUGGUUUCUUGUUCGUCAGAUACUACAAUUAAGGUUUUAGACUUGACAGUGUACCAUUGAUACUUUUUUGUGCAAGGACUUGUACUCACUAUACUGCUCCCUUUGCCUACUAGUUGUGGAGUUGCUUAUCUGAUGGGUCUUGCAUCAGAACUCUACGCCAACAUUCUGACUAUGUCAUAUGCCUUGGAGCAGCCGGAAUAAAUGUAAUGUCUUUUGUGUACACGUGUUACGUUGUCUUCAUAUUUAGUUUGAUGUUCUCUGUUUGGUAAAUUUUAUUUCCUGUGCAAAUUAUAAUCCCCUUCUAUUAUGAAAUGAACCAAUAAUUCACAGCAAACAUUUCAUUGGUUUUUCUGGUUGAGUUUUUGAUUCUUUUGUAGUCUUGCAUUAUAGAGCAAUAUAGUUGCCUCUGGUGGGCUCGGUGGGGAGGUCUUUAUAUGGGAUAUUGAAGCAGCACUUCUUCCCGUCAGCAAGUCUGUUGAAACAGCGGAGGACGAAAGUUCAAAUGGAACUGCUGCUUCGGGAAAUUCUGGGCUUCCUGUCACAAGUUUGCGUUCUAUUAAUUCAAGUAGCAGCAUCUCUAUGCAUGCAACACAGUCACAUGGGUACACUCCAGUUGCUGUCAAAGGCCAUAAAGAGUCGGUCUAUGCAUUGGCAAUGAAUGAUACUGGAACAUUACUUGUCUCUGGUGGAACUGAAAAGGUACUUGCAGAUUAUACUUUCCCUCAUUUAUUGGAUAAAGUUGAGUCUAGGUCCCUGGGAAAUACUCACCUUUUUUUCCUGUGUGAGUUGAGUUUUGUUUCCUUUUAUUUGCUGUCUUUAACCUUGCGUCUGCAGUUGUUUUAAAGCUGCACAACUUUUUAUUUUUUGUGAGUAUUUUUCAUAUUCAUAUGUUUUUGAUUUGCAGGUUGUACGUGUCUGGGACCCAAGAACUGGCUUAAAGACCAUGAAACUGAGGGGACAUACCGACAACAUAAGGGCAUUGCUUUUGGAUUCUACUGGGAGGUGGAUAGUUUUGUUUCUCACUAUCUAUAAAAUAUUCAUAUACCUUUAUAAUCAUGUAUGCUCGUUAUCUGCAGAUCGGUAGUCCUAUCAGUUAUCAUUGUACAAUAUGUAAUGUAGCACUUGAAUGUAUGGAAAUCUUUAAAUGGUUAAAACAACUUUUGAUUAUUUGCAUAUGUAUUGUAUUUUGUUUCCAUACUUUGGAAUAUGAAGUGAGGGGAAACUGUUUCUUGGAUCUAGGUUGGACAAAAAAAUUAGCCAGCAGAAAAUAUGGAUAACUUUCCUGUUUCUUUGUGACAGUUCACAUUAUAGUUGAACCUGUAUCCUGUUUUAAUCAUGUUGGUUGUGCAAUUUAUUGGACACGGUAUACUUAUUUAUUUCUGUCUGUGUUUUUCCUGUUCCAGGUAUUGUCUAUCAGGGUCAUCUGAUUCAAUGAUCCGGUAAUUACUCUUUCAAACAGAAACUUUGAUUAGUUGUUUCUCUCUUACAAUGGUCAAAGUUUCUGGAUGCUACCGUAAAUAACUGAACAAGUCAAACCUCAGAUUUUUCUCCCUCUCUUUAUUUCAUUAUCAAUUUUUCAAUCUCUACAAAUUUUUCAUUUAGUUGACGUGCCUUUUUUUCUUGUAAAUUGUAGUCUAUGGGAUCUUGGUCAGCAGCGAUGUAUUCAUUCUUAUGCUGUGCACACUGAUUCUAUUUGGGCACUUGCCAGUACGCCAACAUUCAGUCAUGUUUACAGUGGUGGCCGGGACCUUUCUGUAUGUGCUUAAGUCAUUAAUUUAUUAGAGAUUCUUCAUGAACUUUUAUGUCAUCCAGGACUCUGGUUUAUGUGCUUGGUUUAAUAAUCCUAUUUCAGCUGUACCUGACGGACUUGGCCACUCGAGAAAGCCUGUUGCUUUGCAUGGAGGAGCACCCAAUAUUGCAAUUGGCAUUACAAGAUGAUAGCAUAUGGGUUGCAACUACAGAUUCUUCUGUGCACAGGUGGCCUGCUGAAGGACUUAACCCUCAGAAGGUUUUUGAGAGGGGCAAUUCAUUCCUAGCUGGCAAUUUAUCAUUUACCAGGGCAAGGGCCUGCAUGGAGGGAUCUACUCCUGUAUGUGUGGUUCGCUCCUCUCUUCUCUUUCUAAUUCGUUCUAAAAUCGUUCUUUCAACAGAUUUUGUUGGGUGGAGCUUACGGUCCUCGAAAUAAUUCCUUGUGGCAUGAUUUAUAUAAUUUAUCAUACUAUGCUGACUUAUGCGUUGCAUCAAAUGAAAGCUAAGAGGACAACAACUCCCUUUUAAAUGUUCAUUAACAGUUGGUCAAAUGCGUUCUCCUAGUUCCUGUGUUAGAGUUGGCUCUUACUACAAUUUCCUUGAAACCUUUGAACUGGAAUAGUUUAGAAAGCAUAUAAAAUUGCCAUGAAUCUCACUAAAGAUGGCUCUCUGUGCACCUACUAAAUGGAUACAAAAUUAGUAUUGUAUACUUGGAGGCUUUGUUGGUAUCGUUAAUGUAAAACUAAAACGGUAUAACUUUAUUUGAUUUAUUAAGGGAAAAACUUAAGAUAGAUCAUGUCUGAAUUCCUUAGGAUUGUCCGCAAACUUUUGGUAUGUUUCCUUUCAGAGGAGAUUGUAAAUAAAGUAGUAUUUUUAUAGAAUUUACAUUAAAGCGCAGUUUUAGAAAACCUUAUUUAUGUCUUCAUCUGACAAUGAGUUUUGAAACCGUAUUUAUUUUUGUCUGCCAAAGAUCUAAAUAUGUAUACAAAAUGGAUUAUCGUCACACCAUUUGAUAUCUAAUCCUUUGCACUUGCAUUACGAGAUCAACAAACGAAAUGUAGCAUUGAUGUGGCCCUACAAUCUAGUUAGACUGGUGAAAAAAAUCGGUUUGGAAUGAAAGUUAUAUAAUUUUGAAGGCAUUUUUGGGCUACUUGCCUGCUUUUUGGGGGGAUAUGAAAAUUUAUCGUUAUGUUUUUCAUUGCCUCAAAAAUACAAUUUUUCGAUUCUUUUUCUACUAGUCAAAUGUUUUGAGUAUUUUUUUCCUAAGCCCUCUCUGCAUCACAGCUUUUCAUGCUCCAUGCUAUGCUGAACCAGUGUUUUGGAUAUUUUUUAGGAUCCUGUUUACAAGGAGCCAUCUGUCACCAUAUCUGGGAUUCCGGGGAUCGUACAACAUGAGGUUUUAAACAACAGAAGGCAGGUCUUGACUAAGGUGCUUGUCAAUCAACCUUUUUAUUCGUAUCUUUUUAUUAAUGUCUGUUCUUGGUUUGAAAAUAUUUAAUUUUGGAUAGUUUGCUUGAGAGCGCGUAUCUAUCUUUGUCAGGAUGCUUCUGGCACAGUUAAACUUUGGGAGAUUACAAAAGGAAUUGUGACUGAGGACUAUGGCAAGGUUUUCUUUCUUUGGAUUUUUUCCCCUUUCCAAAAUAACUUCGUUCAGUUUAAAUAACAACAUGGAUCCUAUGUGUUACAGGUUUCUUUUGAUGAGAAGAAGGAAGAGCUGUUUGAAAUGGUAUUAGUUGGGUUUCCUUUCCCGUCUCAUGUUUACUCAGUCAAAUGCUUCGGGUUCUAUGGAUUAGUCUAUUUAUUUACAUUCCUUAUUUAUGCUACUUCAGGUAAGUAUUCCUGCAUGGUUCACUGUAGAUAGCCGUCUGGGGAGUUUAUCUGUCCAUCUGGAUACGCCACAGUGCUUUUCCGCAGAGAUGUAUGGAAUUGAUCUGAAUAUGCCAGGAGCAUCAGAAGAUCAUAAGGUAGAUUAUCCCUAUUUUUAUCUAAUUUUUUUUCUGUUCGAGAUGAAUUCGAAAUAUUCGAAUUUACCAUCAGCAUUAAUUUUUCUCAUUUAGAAUUCAUCAAUUUGUCAGUGUAGUCGGCGUGGGGCACACCUCCCCUUGUUGAGACAAAGUCCUGAUAAAUGCCAGUAAGGGUUAUUAGGGAGGUUUAUUUUUAUUGGUGUAUGACGAAUUUGCAUAUAAUUAAAUACCAGUUGGCUGGAACAUUGUACAAAGCCAACAUCAUAUAAUUCUGUGAUCAAAAUUGAUACCGACUAGUGGUGGGUGUCGAAGGCCCAGGGCCCAAGGAUAGCACAGGAAAAGGGACUUGUAGACAUAUUCUGCCCAGUCUGGGCCUAAAUUUUGUUCCAGAUCUCUUUUGUUGUCCAUAGUUAGCUUUCGAUACCCUUUGGCAUCCACACCUGGCGACAUCAGCACUUUCAGUAAAUAUUAUUGAUAUAGUGGAAAUUUAUCUUAUUGUCGUAAAAAUAUCAACUAAAAGGUGCAAUAUAUGUCAGAAAACAGGGGAAAAUAUAAAAGCCAACUGCAAAAUGCUUAUCUAGUUAAUGUUAAAUAACCUGUAGAUGUAGCCUAGAACAUUGUUUUCCUUCUUUAAUCAUCUUCAACGGGUUUGAUUGAAGGUCAUCUCCUAUCCCAUUCCCUUUGACUUAUUGGACAACAGUAUGACUGCCUUGUCGAAAUUUCCUGUUCUUUCUUUCCAUCGAUAUGCCCUGCGUGGUGGUGGUUGAAGGAUCUUCCACCAAUCAAAAUUAAUCGUCAUGAGGCAAAUGCUAUCCCAAUUGCCUGGAAAAUCUUUAAUAUUUUAGCUUUUGCAACCUGGGUUUGAACUAUAUUGUGGCCAUUCUUCCCCAUCACAUUCAUAAUCCCGCGUUCAGUAAAUAGCUUAUCAAUACUCUCCUUAACCGGGACACAAAGACUGUUAUUGGUACUUGGUUUUAAGUUUCGAAUUCUAUUAAAUGCAGGCAGUUUCUUACAACUAACUUCCAUUAGAAGAUUCCCAUUUUUAUGGUUUUCCACACCUGCCUCUGCCACCAUAUUCUAAAUUUACUGUCAUCAUAUCCUCUCACAAAGAAUCAACACUGAACCCAUCUGAAUAAAAGGGAACCUCAUCUUUAAAUGUUUGUCGAGGCAUUUCUUUAAUUGUCUGUGAGGUUCUUUGUAAAUUGUAGCCCCCCCCCCUUCCCCCUUUUGUUGUUGUCCAGAUCUAGGGGAUAUAUUUCUUCUUUUCCUGAGAAAAAUUAUAGAACUGCUGAAAUUUAUAGGUGGAACCUCUCUCUAAAGCCAUACCCUCCCUAAAUUUUGGUUUUUCAAUUACCCAGCGUGAAUUCUGGAUGCUACUGCUUGGAAUUCUGGAGCUUAGAACCAGAGUAGAACGAUUUGAAGGAAAAACCUUCCAUCCAUUACCGUCUAACAUUUCAGCCUGAAUGAGUUAUCCUUUUCUUUUUCACUCAGCUAUCUUUAUGAAUGAUCUAUCUAAACUACCUCAUCCUCCUUUAGCUGGUAUGAAUGAUCUAUCUCCCUAAUAAAUAAAAAAAAUUUAUUUGGUUCAAUUUUUUACUCUUAUUUUCCAUAAAGACAUAAGGAGAUGGAAAUUGUUCGGAAAUUUCCCACCUUGCAUCGCAAUACAUGAGCAUGAUUUUCGUUCAUUUCUCGUCGAAUUCCAAUAUUAAUUUCCUGCCCUUUUUAAUCAAAUUAGAAGACGUCUGUUCUCAAGCCCACGUAAUUCCUGAGAUAUCCAUUUUUGCUUUGCCAUUAAGGAAUACAGAAAAUAUUUUUGUUGAAAUAAAUCUCCUAUCUCAAUGUUGUUGAAAUCUCAUCAGAAAUAAUUAUUUCAUUUUUCAAAAACAUCUCUUCACAUUUUGGUCUGCAGAUCAAUCUUGCACAAGAGACUCUCCGUGGUCUGUUGUCACAUUGGUUGACAAAAAGAAAACAAAGAUCUGGAUCACAAGCCUCUGCCAACGGUGACAUGUCAUCAGGAAAAGAUGUUACGAUGAAGAACCAUUCUCAUGCAAGAGAGGUUGAUGGUGGUGUUGAGAAUCAAAACGUGGUUCUUCCAGCAUUUGAGUUUUCUAGAGUUUCUCCACCUUCAAUUAUCACAGAGGGCUCUCAAGGAGGCCCUUGGAGAAAGAAACUUACUGAACUCGAUGGCACAGAAGAUGAGAAGGAUCUCCCGUGGUGGUGUCUUGAUUGUAUAUUGAAUCGUCGAAUUCCCCCACUAGAAAAUACAAAGUAAUUGUCAGCUUUUGAACUCUCUGGUUUUGCAUCAUUCCCUUUCUACGUUACAAUUUCUUGAACACGUAGUACGGGUAUACAUUUUCCUCGAUUUUUUUGUUUGUUUUACGUGAACAUCAUCUAUUCUUCAUGUUACUUCUUUACCAUAGGGCGUCUUUGUCUUCAUCGUUUCUGCUUAUCAUUUAAUGUUCAUCUCCAGAGCAAUAAUCUAAGUGAGAGGAAUGGAAGAACUUUUAUUGAAAUUCUUCUUGAGGUAAAAAAUGGAAAGCAUACCAUGAGGUGAUAAGAAUUGAACGUUGAUUUUACAUGCAAUGAACCUGUUACACUAUAGAAUUAUAUUUAACCGUAAAUCUCAAGUUUUGGAUAAUAUAUUUUCUCCGGUAUUGUUUUCAUCCUAAUGCAGCUGUUUAAGACGACAUUUUUUUUCAGUCUAUUUGGACAUAAGAUUUAUUUAUUGUUAUUAAGCGCUUCAUUUGCUUUCUUCAUGAUAGGAACUGUUAAAAUGUCUCAGCUACAUGUUCUAUGUAAGUCUUUGAGUGUAUUUGUGUUCGAAUUUGUGCAGUGCAUUACUGUGAAGCUUGUUGACUUUAAAAGUGCUCAAUGUAUUUGAUUUACUAUGUUAGGCACUUCGAACACGUUAUUUCAAACGGGAGCCUUUUUUCUGUUUGUAAAGGCCUGGUUUUCAAGUCAGAAUUCGCACUUUGACUGAGAUUGAAUGUCUCAUCCUGUUCUUAUGCAGAUGUAGCUUUUUCUUACAUUCAUGUGAAGGUUCAAAUGUUCAACUGCUCACCCAGGGGAAACUAAGUGCACCGCGGAUUUUGCGAAUACAUAAAGUAAGAAAUUAAUCUGGAUUUCUCUUUCAUUCAGAGGUUCUACUAUUCCAUUACAAUCUUCGUGGGCUCAUGUUGCUUGAGCUCAUGCAUUUGACCUUUGCCAUGAACUGACAGAGCAUGUAAUUCAUGCAAUAAUUCUCGAUAUUAUUUUUAAUAUUGCCUAGUAGCCAUCUUAGGCUUCUGGCAUAAAUCGAUGUUGUUUGAAAGCACCGCCUACCAUACAUCAUUGGCACUUAAGUCAUAUACACGUCUCUCCACUGUCUUAUUAUUAUUAUUAUUAUUAUUCCUUUUCAUGAUUUAUGUAAAAGUUCUGUUCCUUUGAUUUUGAAGGUCAUUAAUUAUGUUGUCGAGAAGAUGGUUCUUGAUAAACCACAAGAAGGGGGGAAUGGAGAUGGAGCAUUUACUUCGGCAUUACCUUCAGUGCAAUCACAGUUUCCUCCAGGUGGGGACACUGUACUACGAUCAGGAUCGAAGCCAUGGCAGAAGCUAAAGCCAUCGAUAGAGAUCCUUUGUAAUAAUCAGGCAAGAUAUAUCCAAGUUUUUCUAAAUUAUCCUACUUUGGGCUUUCUUUUUCCUUUGGGCUUUCUAAAAUUGUCCAGGCAAGCCAUCGAUAGAGAUCCUUUGGGCUUUCUUUUUCCUGCUCAUGAGUUCAUAUACACGCAUACAAUUUUCUAUUUAUGGUGCAUCUCCUGUUUUUCGGGGGCUUCAUAGAUAACAUUUUCCUAGAACGUCUCUUGGGUUUUAAAAGCCGUUGAAGAUGACAUUAGUCUUUUUAUUGAACUGAAAUAGGAGGCAUUGAUGGCAUUUGUUUAGUAUUGAGGCAUCAUGUUCGCAUAGAAAGCAUUAAUCAUGAGCCUGGCUUAUGAAUAGAGUGAAGCUUCUCCUUGAGAGUUUUCCUAACCUCUAAUCAUGAAGACUCAAGUGAUGCGGUCUCUCUCUCUCUCUCUCUCUCUCUCUCUCUUCUUUUUUUUUCUUCUUCUGUUUACGUUUGUAACAUCACUCGAGUCUGCUGUCAAAGUGCCUUCCCCCAUCCUGCUUAUCUUCUGAUCAUCUCUGACCCAAUGUUUACCUUCUCUUUCCUUUCUGGUCCUUGGGUUGACUGGCCUUCUCCAUUUUUGGGAUCUGACAUAUUCUUUGCUAUAUAGCUGUCAUUUUGAGAUAUGGUUGGCUUAAUAAUAUUGAAGGAUUUAAUCUGUCAUAAUUUUUUGGCCAAUGAAUAGAAAUUCUCUCUUGCCAGGUUCUAUCACCUGAAAUGAGCCUAGCGACAGUGAGAGCUUAUAUAUGGAAGAAGCCUGACGACUUGAUCCUGAACUACAGACUAGCGCAGGCUAAAUAA